GAAUGUGCUUACAAUUAUAAAAAGGUGCGCGGAUACAAUAACAGGUCUUCAAAUGUCACAGAUAGGGACGCUGACGGGUAUAAAUAAAUGAAAUAUCGGGCCUUGUUUAUUCCACCAAUUCGAGCAGCUUUGCUUGUCGCACGUGCGCGAGUUUUAUCAUUCCGAAUGAUACCUUAUUUGUGACUGUAGCUGUGCGCCUAAAUGGUAUCCCCGUUAGAAUCUUAAUAUUUCUGCGAAAAGCCUUUACGUUCAUAGUGUGAAAUGUUAACCCAUGUACAUUUUUUAUAGCGUCGUAGUCAGCAAAUUUAAACGCGUGUUUUAUCAGGUAUCACUGUCUUACACCGGGAGCAGAGGCUAUCUGUCUGGGAAUUGCAUUGGUGUCAAUUGGCGCCCGUGGGGUAUUAUUUGCGUUAACGUUUAUUGCGCCUCAGCUCGGAAUACAUCUAAAUGGCCCCCGGCACAUGCAAGCCAAGUUGAAGGGAAGAAAUGCUACAGGCGUAUUUUGAAGAGAGAGAUACAACUCUACCUGCGAUAACCCUUCGUUCUGAAAAUGGUUGCGCCCAUUCCGUCUGGCGCAUCCACUCACGCACACACAUGUGAUAUGUAUGUACGUGCUCACUGAUGUCAUUCGAAAUAAUUGAUUUGUGUACAGUUCCAAUAUGAACAAUUUCCGCUGUACAAUCGUAAUGACGCGGGCUUCUUGCAAAACGGAGACUGACGGGGAGACUUACGAGAUUUUCCAAAUGUCGAAUAUGAAAUUCAGAAAAGGAUAGGACCGGUAAUUCCUGAUCUCGAUGAUUGCUUGCUCUUUCCUUCCCGAGGUCGUCAAGUGAUAAUGUAUAGGCUGUCUCUGAAGCACGUGUAAUGUGACGUUGGAUCUGGAGGCUGGGCGUCACUGCUACAUGCACACGUAUAUUUACUGAAUAUUGCAGAGUGCACUUUUGUGAACUGAGUGCGCAGACACAUAUCCUCCUCUCCCGUAUGAUGACCGCGAUAUUUAUGCCAAAUGCCAAAAGUGCACCAAGAUCGAUGGGAAUCUUUUGCAAAAACACCGGGUAAUGAUUCUCGGCGUUACUACGAUGUACCGUGACCGCGGAAGCGGUAGAGACGACAGUCAGACUGGGUUCAAUGUGUACUUGGGCUGCACGGGGGUGCUGAGGCAAACUUGGAGUGCGUUAUCCUGUAUCAGAUGGAGACCACCCAGGCCAGGAACAUGAGGCAGGUGGACGGAACGCGGAACACAAGGGUUUCUCCUGCAGCCUCACCAGACGAGGAAGCCUUACCCUGCCCCGGUAACUUCGUCUCAAUCCGGGUGCUGAGCCGCGGGGCCUUCAGCAAGGUGGAGCUGGUCGUGGAGCGGGCCACGGGGAGACACCUGGUGCUAAAAUACCACCACAAGAUGCGGACCCGUAUGAAUGAGUACCUGAGGGAAUUCCAGACCAGCUGCCGGUUGAUCCAUCCGGCGAUUCUCGUCACCUUCGACCAACCCAUCGAGACUGACAAGGCUUUCAUCAUCGUCCAGGAGUACGCAGUGCAGGGGGACCUCCUAGAGGCCAUAACGCCCCAGCAGGGGCUUGACGAGCACCGGGCCAAAUCAUGUCUCAUCCAGACCGCCUCGGCACUGACGUUUAUGCACAAGAGGCUGCUGGUGCACGGCAACGUCAAACCAGAGAACAUUCUCAUCUUCGACGCUAACAUGACCGUCGUCAAACUCUCCGAUUUCAGGCACACCCAGAGACGCGGGGACACGGUGACAAAGCGGACACGCUCUACGCCGUACACGGCCCCCGAGAUCUGCUCCACAGUCAUCAACGAAGGAUACAUGGCCGACUACAACCAGGACAUCUGGGCAUUCGGCGUCCUCGUCUUCUGCGUCCUAUUCGGCGUCUUCCCCUGGGGCACAGCCACACCGGAGGACACCUCUUUCCGCAACUUCACCCAGUGGCAGAAGCGGAGGGUGAACCUCACCCCCUUGGAAUGGCGGAGACUCUCCUCGAAGAUGCAAAAGUUGCUCAAGAAGAUUCUUGACCCUAUCCCAGAGCGCCGGUGCCCCGUGGACGAGAUCAACAAGUACAUGGGUGAGGCGUGGCUCAAAGCCCAGCCAGACCAGGCCAGACCGGGCAACCUGAGCGGUGAUGGUGACAUCCCCAGUACCGGGGAUGUGGCGGCCAUGAAGGAACUCCGGGUGAUGCUUGAGAGCCACGGAGUCGUGACGUACUCCGACAGCUCGGUAAAGAGGCAGCGGAUUGAUGAGUGGGUGCAGGCAGCAUGCCAACAGUCGACUGAAGCUGCGACUAAGACGCUGCACGCUUCGUCACGUUGACCAACCCAAGCAAUAAACCUUCAACCAAACCUCCACGUCCAUGUGGCUAUAAAAUAGCUCCAUGCUUUUUAAUACCCAGCCCCUCUAUCGAAGGGCGGUUCUACUGGUUCAUUAACGUUUGAAAUGCUAACAAAGUUACUCUACAGGGUGGUAAAGACAAGUUUACACCUUUUUUCAGAUGCAGAUUUCUUGGAAUUUGGGAGACACGUUAAAAUUCUUUCAAGAUAUUCCUAAACUACAGCAUCUUUGUGAUAUGUGGUGAAAACGGCGCUGAAAAUAAAGCCUAAAUUAAGAAAUGGCAAUGGUUUAAAGAAAGACGGUCAAAAACCAGGUUGUCCUCACGCAAGUCUAUGCGAUAACUGCAAUACUUGUAAUAAGGUCUACGUGACUGCCACAGACACGGACAAACUAGUUUUUGACCAUUCUUCUGUAAAUGACCGCUUUUUCUUAACUUGAGCUUUAUUUUCAGCGCCGUUGUCAGCAUAUUCGAUCAAGAUCUCGUAGUUUAGGAAUAUCUUAAAAUAAUUUCAACAUGUCCCUUCAUUUUGAGAAAUAUGCUUGUGAAAAAGUGUCAACUUUUUUGGACCGGCAUGUAUGUUAGCAAAUGUUUUGUAGAAUGGUGUGGGGAAAUUUGGGACUCCUUCGAAAUGUCAUUCCCGUUGUACGAACGAAGAAGAUUAGGAGGAAACCCUUUAAUAUUUAAACCUUUCUGAACGGGAUGAGUACUACUACAUCCAUCCUUUGUGGAAUCUUCUUCUUUUUCAGUCUGCUGCCGUAACGCCAUUUUAGUUUAAAAGAACCCUUAUUCGUCUUUUAUCUCAUGUUUCAAAAGUACAUGUAUAAAGUAUGCUCAAUAUUAAAAAAAACCGGACCGACUUAAUGUUUGGACAUUACACGGACGGAUAUUUGAAAUGGCAAUAAUGUUUGUUUCAAAGACAAAACCUUGUAUAUAUUCACAACUAUUGCCGCUCAUUUUUAAGAUUUUCCAUUCAUACUUUUCGAAAUGGUUAUUGGGCAAUGUGUCGACAUCAUCAAAUCAGUUUUAGCUCGCGAGGAUGUCUACUUUCACUGGCAAUACAGUAGCCACCACGUAUCAAAUACAAUAUAUGCGAGAAAAAAUAUUUGAGAGAUCGAUGGUAUAUGUAAUAAAUUGUAUGGCUAAGAA